CGAACGAAAAUGUUGAACUAUUGGUUGAAGAUCGUGUGCAUUUUUGGCUGCCUUGGAGGAGCCUUGUCACUGUAUACUCCCAUUUCCGUCGGAGCCGAAGGACUAGUGGUAAUUGGCAGAAUCGCGCAGCAAACCGCUGAUGUGCUUGCGUCCUAUAAUAACACUCUGAAUUCUGCUCGCAAUGAAAUCUUCGUCGGGUUAAAUGAUUUGUUGGGUUGGAUAAACAUAACUUACACAGCUUUGAAUAACACCUGGGGUGCAAAAUAUCCUAAUUUGCCCGGGUUUGUCGAGAAUCUGAAAGAACUCAAUAAUACUGUAAAAUACGGAGAAUCUUCCGUCACCUGGAUAUUUGCGAAUGAUUUGGGUGAGCUUGUUCAGGCCUUAGACCGUGCAAUUGAUCCUAUUUUACAGUACUAUAGAAUGUUGACACAAGAAAUGCCCUCUACGGUUAAUGUUGAGAAAUGUACGCUUCGAAAUGCCAGCCAAAUGGCUGAUGUUCCAAAUCAUGCGUUUAAGUUGGCACAUUGUCUGCAAAUGGAAUCGGACGAAAUUACAGCGACACUUCCCGCCAUUUUAAAGCUGAUAUCCGUUGUGAAACUUGAUUUCGUUUCUUUAGCCAAUCAGUUAGAUUCCUGCCACUCAUUGGCAACCACGUGUCAGAAACAAUAUUUUGACCAGUUGUAUUUGGAGCAUAGUACUGGUACAUCGAUGCUGAGUUUGGUGGUGCAGUAUAUUUCUUCACUUUUCAAUGAUACCUACAACCGCAACCGAUUUUGUGCUGCUCUUGUUCAAUCUGAUAUUCAGGAGACUUUGCGUAACCUUGAAACUACAUAUUCAUUGUGUGCCUGGCCACCAUCAUAA